AUGCGAGCGUAUUCGUUCUGGGUGUUUGAUCGCGGCUGUAAUGUGAUAUACCAUCAAGACUGGUCGCGACUGCAUCAGCAGCAUGCGGCGGCUACGUCGGGCUUGUCGUUCACGUCGUCCCUCUCGUCAACGUUGCAGCUGGUGGGCGGCGCCGGUGGCGAUGAAGACAAGGCCGGUGUGCAUGCAGCGAGCAAGCGCGCUCGCGGCGAUACGAUGGAAGGUGUCUCGCGCCAUGUCAGCACAGACGAAAAAGAGGUGGAUCCGCGCCUCUUGCCGUUCGAUGAGGAGUCGAAGCUUAUCUACGGUGUCGUGUACUCACUCCGAAACAUGGUGCGCAAGUUGGGCGGAUCUCACGAAACAUUUCACAAUAUCUCGACCCCCACCUAUACCCUGACGCACAUGCAGACGCCCAGCAUGUACACGUUUGUGCUCAUUACCGACGCGCCACCGAAUCGAGCCGAAAAGGGCCCCUCCGUCGGCGGCACACCUGGCACGAGCCCGAUCCCGGGCACGGAUGACACGACGUUACGAGCCGUGAUACGUGAGCUAUGGCGCGGUCCAUGGAUUCAAUUUGCGGUGCAUCACCCUCUUGUGCACGCCACCGAACGCGAAGCCCUCGACGAGCACCAACCUACGUCGCGGGUUCGCGGCAUCGACAAUACGGCCCUGCACACCAACGUGGAGCGCGUCUUGGCUCAGUACAAGCUACUUCCUACUAUGUAG